AUUCUAUAAGUAGCAGGUGAACGGUUUCCAUUUUGCAGCGAAACAUCCUUCAAUGGCAAAUCUUUCUUUUACCCAAUAUUGCUUGUCCCUUUUGCUCAUCACUUCAUUAGCAGCUUCCUUCUUUACUCCUUCAUCUGCCCAAACUAAAUGUAACAUUAACUCUGUAUACCAACUAGGCGACUCCCUCGCCGACGCCGGUAAUGUCAUCCGUACACCCGGCGCUUCCAUUAUCUUCCGCGCCGACCGCUCUCCUUACGGCGAAACUUUCUUCAAAAGACCCACUGGUCGCUUCUCCAACGGCCGUGUCGUUACCGAUUUCAUUUCCCAAUCAUUCAAACUCUCCUUCCUCAAUGCUUAUUUAGACAGAAGUGCAUCUUUCACUCAAGGAGUAAAUUUCGCCGUUGCCGGUGCUACUGCCCUCGACACAUCGUUCUGGGCUGCUCGUAACAUUAAUUUGCCCACAUGGAACACACCGCUUUCGAAUCAAUUAAAUUGGUUCAAAUCACAUCUCCAAUCGACGUGUGGUUCGAGAUGUGCGGAGAGUUUGAAAAACUCGGUUGUAAUAAUGGGAGAAUGGGGAGGAAACGAUUACUAUAAUUGUUUCUUCCAGAGGAAGCAAAUCCCCGAAGUUAGAACGUAUGUUCCAUUUGUUGUUGCAGGGAUUAUGAGAGGCAUCAAAGAGGUGAUUCAGCUCGGAGCCACACGUGUGUUGGUUCCGAGUAUUUACCCUCUAGGAUGCCUCCCAUUGUACCUCACAUCGUUCCCUGAUAACAAUACAAGUGGUUACGAUCAAUUAGGCUGCUUGAGAAACUACAACGAUUUCGCUUCGUAUCAUAAUAGAUACGUGGUUAGGGCUAUAGCGAAUCUACAACGCCAAUUCCCCAAUGUUAGUAUUGUGUAUGGGGAUUUCUACGGUGCAAUUUUAUCACUUUUACGUAGCCCUGCUUCGUUUGGAUUUAACCAGAAUACGCUGCUUAGUGCGUGUUGUGGAACUGGAGGGAGACAUAAUUUCAACUUUAGGACUGUGUGUGGAGCAGCUGGAAUUAAUGCUUGUCCGAAUCCGGCACAAUACGUAAAUUGGGAUGGAAUUCAUUUGACAGAUGAAGCUCAUCGUCGUAUUACCGAUACUCUUGUCAAAGAUAUGUUGUCCAAAUUCAACUGUGUUGUUUAAUUGGGGGGGUAUUAGUUGGAUGCUUUUAAGUAUGUUAUCUUCUUCGCUGUGACGGGAAGAGAAUAAUUAAACUAAAUAAGAGGGAUGAUUUGGCUUUUGGACUAUAUUUAAUUUGGUUGAAAUGUGAAGAAAAAGAGAACAUAGUACUGAGUUGUUAGAAAAAUGUAUUUGAAGGUUUUUAGUUAUGUUUGGACAUUUGGAAAAUAAUUGAUACUUGGUGAAUAUUUCCAUCUUCAAA